UCUACUCAUAUACUGCUUAUGAUAUAGAGAUGAUAAGAGCAGGACCAGUGGGAGGAUGUGAUCCAUGCGAUGAUGUUCAAUGGGACGAGAAGGGACGCACCAUGAUCUCUCAUAUAUACGUUUCUUUCAGCAGCGAUUUCAUAACAUCUGUUCAGUUCGGCUACUUGGAGAAUGGAGCUCUAGUCCUGUCUCCAAAGUAUGGUGCCUCUGAGGGACACAGCUUUCUAACUGUAAGACUGAAUCAAGAUGAAUAUGUGACUGGGUUGAGUGGAGUAUUAGUAUCGCGAUAUGGAACAACAAUCAGAAGUUUGACAUUUCACACUAACCGUGGGAAGCACGGACCAAUUGGAUGUUUAUCAGACAAAGUUUCUGAAAAUGGUUCCAAGAUAGAAAUUGAUCCGGGAAUAUGUGAUCGACAUGAGUUUGGUGGUUUCUUUGGGUCUUCCAAUAAAAACCUUCUGUCAUCGAUUGGUAUCUACGUGAAUCCCAUUGCAAGGUCCAACACGGUGGUUAAACGUGAAAACUAUUGACCAAGCAAUGCCUUUUUUAAGCGUUCAACAGUAGUAGCCUAGUUCAAGUUGCUGUUGAGUUUUAUCUUAAAAUAAAGUAGCUCUAAUGGAGCAAUGUAUUUGUUUCAUCUUUCUAUAUCAUAAUUCACAAGUAAUAAAAUUGUCCCAUUUCU